AGAGAGUCCGCAGAGUGGGGGGGGGGGGAGGGGGGCGCAAGGCUUGUGAACGGCCGGCCGGUCCAGCUGCACUCUCUCCUCUCUGCUGCUGCCUCGGGGGGAAUUAAUUUAUUUCAAAACAACCACACAAGAGGAGGUGUACUGCUGAAUAAAUGGCUGCUGACAGAGAGGGGUAAGAAGAUGACGAACGAGUUUUGGGACCGGCUGUAAGGAGAGAGAAGAAGGCGAAAUGGCAGUGCAUGUUUUCAAAUGCCUGCGCCGGCCCGGGCGCUAGAACAACCAACAGGUAGUAGGAGCUCGAGUUUUUUCACGGUAUCGUCCGAGUCAGAUGGCGGCAGGUGGAGUUCAAAACCGACUGACUUGGCAGGCGUCUGUGGUUUCUGUGUGUGUUUGAGAGUGUGUAGGGCCACCCUCUGUUUUGACAGAAGAGUUAUGGAAUAUGAGGAGCCCGACGUGCCCCCCGCUGACAACCCCAUUAAAAGAGGAGGAGCCGUGUCCAAGAAGACUCAUUUGACUCAGAUUGAAGUUAUCCCAUGUAAGAUCUGCGGGGAUAAAUCCUCUGGAGUACAUUAUGGAGUCAUCACUUGUGAGGGCUGCAAGGGAUUUUUCCGGCGUAGCCAGCUGCCUACUGUAUCCUACUCCUGCUCCAGGCAGAACAACUGUCAGAUCGACCGGGCCAGCCGCAACCGCUGCCAACACUGCCGCCUGCAGAAGUGUUUAGACCAGGGCAUGAGCAGAGAUGCGGUGAAGUUCGGACGGAUGUCCAAACGUCAGCGGGACUCUCUGAUCGCUGAAGUGGAGAGGCACCGACAGCAGCAGCAGCAGCAGCAGCAACCGCAGCAACAGCUUCAGGGAGACGCCCAUUCUCUCUUGUCCUUCCCCACCAAGGCCCUUCAAGACCGCUCCCCACAGCUCCUUCAGCCCAUGGCCUCGGCCUACUCCUUCACUGGGGGGGCCGAGCUGCUGUCCUACAAUGCUGAUGUUCACCCUUACCUGGUGUGCUCCCAGAACGAGACGCAGGUGUCUGGUAUGAUCUACCGAGGCUCAGGUGUGUCUCCCACAUCGAGAUCUCAGGAGAGGGGGGACAACAGCGGACACCCUGACAUAAGAGAAUUUGACUGCAGACAGCCAUCUCACGAUCUGUUGGCGAUUCAUCCCUACAAUCCCCUGGAGGAUCCUUACAACCUCUAUCCUCACUCUCUGAGAAACAUAGAUGAGCUGUGUGCCAGUAUUGUGCGUUCCCACAGAGAGACCAGCAAGUACAGAGUGGAGGAGCUGCAGGCUCUCAGAUGGAAACUGUUUAGCAGAGAAGAGAUCCAAGUCUACCAGAGCAAAUCGGUGGAUGAUAUGUGGCAGCACUGCGCCAUCCGAUUGACUGAUGCCGUGCAGUAUGUUGUGGAGUUCGCAAAACACAUCCCAGGCUUCCGUAUGCUCAGCCAGAAUGACCAGAUUGCUCUCCUGAAGACUGGCUCCAUGGAGGUGGUUUUGGUCAGGAUGAGCCGCUUCUUCAACACAGAGAACAGCACCGUCUUCUUUGACGGGAAAUUUGCUGGAGCUGAAGUCUUCAAGUCUUUGGCAUGUGGGGAUUUAAUCACAGCAGUGUUUGACUUUGCUCAUGGUAUGUGUGCUCUGAAGCUCACCGAUCAGCAGAUCGCUCUAUUCAGUGCUCUGGUGCUGAUCAACACAGAUCGUCCAUGUUUGGAGGACAGAGGCAAAGUUCAGCGAGUGCAAAGAAGCGUAGAGUUGGGACUCACACACAUUCUACACAGAGACAACCAAGAAAGUCUAAUGCACAAGCUGUACCAGAGGAUGGCAGUGUUGCGUUCACUGUGCAGUCUGCACAUGGAGAAGCUGCGCUGGUUCAGUCUGCGUUACCCGCUCAUUGCUCACUCUCUUUUCCCUCCACUUUACAAAGAGCUGUUUGCCUCUGAGGCAGAGCUGCUGCCGGCAACCAUUCACUGAUAAUUCACUAGAAUAUGCAAGACAGA